AUGCCAAGAAUACCAAUCAUGAUACGUGACCACAUGAUUCAUCCAUCACACUCACACAAAUUCAUUGGUGUCAUCAUUGACGAGAACCUCAAUUUCAAGGAACACGUGUCUUAUGCUCUGGCGAAGGGAACAAAAUACAUGAUGGCAUGCAAUCAAAUGAUCCACCUGACCAAAGGCAUAUGUAGUCGUCUGAUGAAGAGUCUAUACAAGGGGGUCAUCAUAUCAAAAAUGUUGUAUGCUGCUGACAUCUGGUGCUCAGGACUUAUCUCAAAAGGAAGAGGAAAACUACUCAAUGGAAAAGGAGCACGCGGCUUCACAUCACAGAUGGCAAGAGUUCAGAGGAUGGCAACUCUACUGAUGACCAGGGGAAUGAGAUCCACUGCCUCUGACCUCCUAGACACACACACUAACAUACUACCAUUUCAACAGACACUUCAAAAGAUAUGUUUCAAAGCCACCCUCAGAAUGGCAACCCUUCCCAACACUCACCCCCUGGCCAAAGGCAUCAGCACCACCUACAAUUUCUGUGUGAAGAGACAAUUUGGGGGCCAUAAACGCCACCUGUCGCCACUGCACAAACUAAUGAACGAGUUCAAGAUAGACCCACACAGGAUGGAAACCAUUCUACCAACUCGUCACUACCCCAAAUGGGCGGUGGACGUCAACAUUCAGAUCGCACACAAGAAGGAAGAGGCAGAGAGGGAAGAUAAGGAAGCAGACAAAGAGUUAAGAGCAUACUCAGAUGGAUCGGCAAUAGAUGGGGGAGUAUGA